GACAAUGUAUUGUUCUGUUCAAUUUUAGGUUGAUGUUGCAUGGCCUGUUCGAUAUUUGAUUAACAAAGGAUUGACGACAAGAAGCGAGAACAAAGAUUGGGAAUAAAAUUGACACUAGCUCCAAGACAAAACGACAAAAACAAGUCACCUUCAUUUCAAAAAGAUGCUGAGAUACGAAAGUGAAACAACCUUCUGAAAAUGGCCAGUUUUCUGAAGCCAGAUUCCGACCAAUAUCACCAGCCAUCUGCAUACUAUGAACCCUAUUCAAUACAACAGGGUACAUCGUAUGAAGAAUCCAGCUUAGAACUUCUAGCUCCAAGAAUCAGCAUAGAAUCAACUGCAGCGACCGAAGCGACGACAAACGAAAGUGAUUCUUGCGAGAGCACAUCAAGUUAUCUUUCUAGCAUUGACAGUGAAGAUUUGGCUCUGGAGGAAGUUGAUUCAAUUCUCAAAGAAGCGUCAAAACCCGAAAAUGGAAAUCAACACGUUGAAUUCAAGUAUACAACUAUAACACAAGCUUGCAUCCCGAAGAUAGCGGAGUUUAUAAAAAAACGAAGUGAGCUUACCGGAAUAGUGUUUCGGAAGUGCAGCUUUGAUAGCAACGCAAUGAAAGAUCUCUACGAUUACGUAAAAGUCACAAGUUGCAAGAUCAGGCACUUUGACAUAAGCUGCAACAGGAAAAUGAGGCCGGAGAAUCUCCAAUAUGUGGCCCGCAUACUCGUCCACUGCAAAACUGAAAGUGUUAAUUUGAGCGAAUGCGACUUCACGGGGGAAGAGAUGAAAUUAUUACAUAAAAAUCUGAAAGGGGGAUCAGUGACUUCUAUUCAAUACAAUCGAAUCAAAAAUUUUACUCCCGAGAUUGCGAUAGUGUUUUGUGAAUUAUUACGCGGAUUGCAAAUCAAAUGUGCGCAGAUUAUUGAAUGUGGACUUACACCAAAACAUUUGCUCGCGAUUCACCAAGUUUUUGUAAAGAAAAAAAAAUCCGAAGAAAAAGAGAGAUUCAAAAUGGAAAAGAUUGUUCUGAGUCAGAAUAAUGAACUUGUUGAUAUUGGCAUACCGACUCUCCAGCGUUUGAACAAAGACCCGAAUUCUGAAUUUUCAUCAGUCUCUUUAUAUGAAUGUGGCACAAAUGAAAACCUCAAUAAUUUUGCAAAUGGAUUGUAUAAGAAGGGAAACAACGAUAAAGAAGAAGAGAAAUUUGAAAUGGAACAGAUCGAUCUGAGCCAGAAUAAAGCACUUGGUGAUCAUGGCAUAACGACUCUUCAGCGUUUGAUCCAAUACCUGAAUUUUUCAUCAGUCUCUUUAUGUGGAUGUGGCAUAAAUGGAAACCUCAAAAAUUUUGCAAAUGGAUUGUAUAAAAAGUUGACAAUGCUUGAUCUCAGCUACAACGCACUCAGUAUGUCUGACCUUGAAGAAGUUAAGCUUCUUAUAUCGCAAGCAAAUUUCAAACGCCUGGGACUGGCAGGAUGCGAACUCAACGCAGAAAGAGUCCAGAUAUUGAUCCCAGAAAUUCCAUCAAACGAGAAACCAGAAUUAAAGAUCGAGUCUCUCGAUGUUCAUGACAACAUGAAUCUCGGCGACGCAGGUUGGUCUGCCGUUGGAGAACUGUCGAAGGUGUACUCAUUAGAACAUCUUAAUAUCGAAAAUUGCGAUGCCUCUGACACGAGUAUCACGUGCCUCACAAAGGAAUUGAAAACUCAUAAAGUAUGUUAA